AUGCCGGCUACAUUGCUGACGUCACUGCUGUGCUGCUCUACAAACCAAGCCUCUCUGACUGUGAGUCCCAGCAGUUCUCAGAUGUUAGAAGGAGAGUUUGUCUCUCUGAGCUGUGAGGAUGACGACAGCUCUGCUGGAUGGAAGCUGAGGAGGAACACAACCAGAGAAACCAGGACUGACUGUGAUGAAUGGGGAAAAUCAGCUGGUUCCUCCUGUAACAUCAGCUUCGCCAACACACUGGACAGUGGAGUUUACUGGUGUGAGUCCAGAGAGGGAGCAACCAGUAACAGCAUCAGCAUCACUGUCACUGGUGGAUCAGUGAUCCUGCAGAGUCCUGUCCUCCCUGUGAUGGAGGGAGAUGAUGUCACUCUGCACUGUAAAAAUCAGACCUCCAACCUCCCAGCUGAUUUCUAUAAAGAUGGCUCCCUCAUCAGGACUGAGCCUACAGGUCACAUGACCAUCCACCAUGUUUCCAAGUCUGAUGAAGGCCUCUACAAUGUCACAGCAGCAGUCAUGGAGAGUCUCCAUCCAGUUGGAUCUCUGUCACAGUGUCUAUCAGAGCCAGAGAUCGUCUACUCCUCACUGAGGAAGACCUCCACACCUUCACACCAGUCUGACCACUGA